AAGCCUUCCACUCUUCUGUUUCAAUCAGACAUUGUGCUGGGCAAACAAACCUCUAACCGAUUGAAUUAUAAGCCGAAAUCGCCAUGCGGAGUUAACAACGGUAGUAGUAGCGGGCCGGUGUUGAUUAAAUCUCUCAGACUGAACUAGCUAAGCUUUGCUAAGCUUUGAUUAGGUUUCCGAUGAUCGACAGUUCUACUCCUCUUAUCAGACAUUAUGUUGAGUCGAUGCAAACGAAAAAGCAUCACUACUGGCCAAGUAGACAAGAAAAACUAAAUUAGCGCUUUUCUAGCCAUCUAAUCAGCCAGCUAACACCCGGAGAUUGCCGACUUAGGAGAUAGUCAAAUUGAAGAAUGAUACCUUCCUGUUAGAGGUACUAACGAUGUGCAAACUAACAGCCGCUUCAGGUAUAAAAGGUGCGUCUUGGCUCUAAGCAUUUGGAUGAUUUUCUUUGGUUUCCAACACCCAUCAAUUCUACAUCAUACUUGCUUGUUCCAACUUUCCAACCUUUCUCAAAGGACUCAAUUCUUCUUUACAAUGAAGGUCUCCGUCGCCAGUCUUCUUCUUCUUGCCGGGUCAUCUGCCAUCGCUAGUCCGUUGGCAGCCCGUGUUGCCCGCCGCAAUGGAGUGUCUCGCCCUAACAUGCGUGUUGGCUCCAAGGCCAACCAGAUCAAUGAUGCCGAGCAAAGCACCAACUGGGCUGGCGCUGUCUUAGUGUCCUCCGGUUUCACCGAAGUCUCUGCCUCCUUCACUGUGCCCGAUCCUCAGAUUCCAUCUGGAGGUGACGAUAGCACCCAGUACUGCGCUACUGCCUGGGUCGGAAUUGAUGGCGACACAUGCUCAACUGCCAUUCUCCAGACCGGUGUUGACUUCUGCAUUCAGGGCGGCGACGUCAGCUACGAUGCCUGGUACGAGUGGAUUCCAGCUGAUUCGGUUGACUUCAGCGGUAUCAGCUUCAGCGCCGGAGACUCUGUUUCCGUGAGCGUUGUUGCUACUAGCACAACCACUGGAACUGCCACCAUUACCAACAACUCCAAUGGCCAGAGUGUCACCCACACAUUUACCUCGAGCGAGACUACCAGCACACUCUGUGAGACCAACGCCGAAUGGAUUGUCGAGGACUUUACUCUCAUUUCCUCCAGUGGCCAGGAAUCCCUUGCUCCAUUCGCCAACUUUGGCACUGUUACCUUCACCGAUUCCUAUGCUGUACAGAAUGGCAACCAAGUUGACGCCUCUGGUGCCAACACCAUUACUCUCGUAGACAACAACGGUAACACCUUGGCUAGUCCUAGUGUCGAUGGUAGCACUGUCACUGUCACCUACGAGUAAAGUAAGUGCAGCAGGCUCAAUACAAUAGUGGGGUGUGAAUUGAGAAGGGACUGAAAGGUUGAAUCUUCUUAAUGAUCCAGUUUCUUGCUGAGUGAGACAGAGUAUAUGUAUAUAUUGGAAC